UAUAGAUGUAAAAAUUAGUCAAUUUUACUGAGCUAUCGACACUUUAAAUAGAUUAAAUUUUCUAUUUGUUUAAUUCACUACGUGAUAAUACGCUACAUGAGCCUGAAAAUUUAAAAUAGAAAUUCAUUUGCCCUCAUACUGUCAUUUGUAAUCUUGAAAAAAUGGAAUUCGAAAAAAAAAAUUGUACAAUUUGCCCAACUGAAAGAUCACAAAAAAAAUAUCUAUUAAGUGGAAUUUUAUACUUUUUAUUGGGAGGCAUAAGAGAUGGAAAUGGAGAAGUGGAAGAAUUUUAUACAUAUGGUAGAAAUUACUUUGAUGUAUAUGGAAUAUUAAGUGAAGAGUUAUUCUUUAGAUCUCUUUGUUUUUUGAUGAAUGAAAAUGAAUACCAAAGAAAAUUAUCAUUGUAUAAUAAAAUAAAAAGCUUAAAUGUUGCAAUUUAACCUUAAAUCAAUUCUUUUGAAUUAAAAAGAUUUUGUUUAGUUGUUGUAAACCCAGGUUUGGGUAUUCUGUAUUAAUAAUAUGAUAUGGAUAUGGAUGAAAUAACAGUGGUUAAUACUUUUAAAAUUUUUUUGGAGUCAUAUUAAAAAAUACUCUAUGAAUUGAAAAUGAAUAUCAAAGAUUUUAAGAUUUGCAUCCAUAGUUUAUUUCUUGGAGAGUUAUAAAAAACAUAUUAUAAUCUAAAAUUUAAUUUAUUUUAUGAUUACAUAUGUAAUUGUCAUUCAAAUAGAUUUAGCUAAAUUUUCUAUAAUUUUUUAUCAAAACAAUGUUAUUAGGCAUAAUAAUCUUAUUUUCAGGAUAUAAAUUCAUUUCCUUAGAGCGUUAAAUAAAUUAUUUAAAAAUUUGAUGAUGAAAAUGAUAUGAUAGAAUUGCUGAAAUUAUUAAAUGAUUAUAUUAAAAAUAAGAAAUCUCUUAAAUCUUCAUUUUUAAUCUAAUAAUAAAUAAGCUUUUAUAGUAGAAAAAUAAUGUAGGAAUUAAAAUAAUUAAAAACUGAUGAUGAAUUAUGGAAUGGAUAUAAAAUAUUGUUACAGCAAGAGAUUAUAGAAUUAAUAGAGUGUUAAAAUAAUAAAAAUAAUAAUGUUUCACCCUUAAAAUAAAAGUAACUAUUUGGAAGUUAUAAAUAUUAAGUAUAAAUUUUAAUGCAUAUAGGUAUAAUAAAUUUAAGCAUUUAGUGAAUAUAAAUCUAUAAAACUUUUUGAAACAAUAAAAAGUUAAUAUUCUUAAUUGAUUCAAGAGUAUAUGCAAUUUUAAUUUAUUGACUUUGAUGAUAUGAAUAUUAGUCCAUUGUUGAAAAAGAGAACAGAAAUUUUUUAAACUAUAAUUUAAUUUAGAAUUUUUAAAGAUUAUUUAGAAGAUUGUAAAAAAAAAUAAUUAUAACCAAUAAUUGAAACCAUAAAUUUAGAAAAUAUAAUAUAAUAUGAGGAAUAAUUAAAAGAGAGUGAAGAAGAAUAAUAAUUGAAUUAAAUCUAAAAAUAAAAUGAAUGA